AUGCCCAACGACACAUAUAAUCCGUCAGUGCGCGCUCGUCUCGCGAACGCCUCCAAAACACGGGUUCUGAGUCUCAAAGACUCGGCUCUCCACCGAAUUCCAGACGAUGUGAAAGAUCUGACGCUUCUGAAGCACUUGGAUAUCAGCAUCAACUAUCUGACUCAAAUUCCAGCGUAUUUCGGCUCAUUCCCGCACUUGAAACAUUUGAAUUUGGCUAGAAAUCAGCUGGGUAACUGGAUUCGUGCAAUGACAAUCGCUAAAAUUUCGAAAAUGUUUAGAAGCUCUGCCAGUCGAGUUGGGACUUUUGCCAUUGUUAGAAGUGCUCAACAUUUCACAGAACAGGCUCACAGAACUGCCAAAUCUCGGAAAAUGUGGCUCUCUGAAGAUCGUCGAAGCCAUCGAGAACCAGUUUGUCUCGUUUCCGAUCGGAAUUUGUGACUGUCCGAGUUUGGAAACUAUCAUUUUUACCGAAAAUCGCAUCGAAACACUUCCAGACGAGGUAAUUCCAAACUUCUGCCUCGAAAACCAGCCGAAAUCACCGCUGACCCUCUAAUUCCUUCCGCGUUCGCUUCAGAUCCGCAAGCUUCGGGCAAACAGUGUGAUCCUCAACAAAAACCGGCUUCGCUCGCUCAACACCGCCAAUUUGCUGCGCUGCGAACGGCUGCGCGCACUCAACGUCGAUGAUAAUCAGUUGAGUCGCGACGAAAUCGAGAAGUUUGUGGCGAAAUCACGACGUGAAAUUCGAUUCUCAUUCAAUAACAAUGUGUCACAGAGGCAUACGACAGACUUACAAGUGAGUUUUUCAUGCAAAAAGUGCUCUUUCUCCCGAAUUCCAACGAGAAACGGAGGAGUGUCGUCAGUCGAUGCGCACGUCGUGCAUUUUCUGUGUAUGCACAUCGUGGCCGUUAAUUGACGACAACUUCCGUUUUCGGUCUCUCGCCACCGGUUCUUGACGGUUUUUUUACAGGAUAUGGGCAACGAUUCGUCAAAAUUUAGUGACAAUGCGCGGAAGCUUAUGGGUAAGCUUUUAUUUUGCGAAAGUAGCUGAAAAAAUCGAUUUUUCAGGAAAAUCCGGGCCCUCUUCCUCGACCGUCAACAAACAUCUCGAAAUGGCGAGCAAGAGCCGUAUUCUUCAGCUGAAAUGGACCGGACUGAAGAAAGUUCCCGAGGAGAUCGAGCAGCUGGCCGAGGUGCUGCGCAAUUUGGAGCUCAGCGAGAACAAAAUCCGCGAGAUCCCGCCGUUCAUCGGGCUCUUCACCCAACUCAAACAGCUUCAUCUUUCCAAUAACAGUCUCGGUGAGCUAUUUUCUACUAUUUUCUCAGCAAAAAUACGUGUAUUUUUCCAGAAUUUAUGCCAGAUGAGAUUGGUCAGAUGAAAAAGUUGGAAAUUUUGAAUUUGGCGGGCAACAAACUCGCUUCUCUGCCCGGCUCGAUCGCAGGAUGCACCGAUUUGAGAACGAUUGACUUGUCCUCAAACGCUUUUCCCACUUUUCCCAUCGAAAUUUUAAUAUGUAUGCAGUUGGAGUUGCUCAAUCUGAACGGAAACCAAAUCGAAACACUGCCAGAUGCGGUAGGUCGCAGAAUAUUCGCGAACAACUAUUUUUCUUCAGAUUUCCGAGCUGAAAGCGAUCGAAUUGUCCCUGAAUCAGAACCGUCUUCGCUCGAUAAACGCCGCCAACCUCGCCAAAGCGCCUCGUCUCAAAACUCUGCGCGUCGACGAGAAUUGUCUAGAAAAGUCGGAAUUCACGCCGGCGUUGCUCGAAUCCUCGGCCAUUUCCGUCAUUUCCUACGAGGGAAAUCGGUUCCAGCUCAAAGAUUUCCAAGAGUUGACCGGAUACGAAGCCUAUCAAGAGCGUUUUACAGCCACGAAACGCAAAAUCUGA